AUGAAUAUUGCAAUUACAGCAUUGCUACUUUUGUUUACUUUAAUCCCUAUAGUUGAAUGUACUGAUAUUGAUGUGGUUGCCAAGUUUGGGGCAGUAGCCGAUGGACAAACGGACUUGAGCCUACCCUUGAUGAAUGCUUGGAAAGAAGCCUGUGCAUCGCCAGAACCCGUUAACAUUGUGAUUCCCGAAGGGACCUACUUAUUAAGUGAAGCCACCUUGAAUGGCCCUUGCCAAGCUCCUAUCUCGCUUCAGCUUCAGGGCACCCUCAUGGCUCCUGAAGAUCCUACUGUUUUUAAGGAACCAACUUGGGUUUCCAUCUCCUAUGUCGAUAGCCUAACAAUGUUCGGCGGUGGGGUUUUCGAUGGCCAAGGAGCCACUGCUUGGGGCCAAAACGACUGCUCUAAGAACAAAAACUGCGUAAAACUUCCCAUUAAUAUUAGAUUUCAUAAUGUCAAGAAUUCACUCAUACAAGACAUAACCACCAAAGACAGCAAGCAAUUCCACGUUAAUGUUCUAGGAUGCUCUAACAUUACGUUUCAAAGUUUCACCGUCUCUGCACCCGAAGAAAGCCUAAACACGGACGGAAUUCACAUCGGACGAUCAGAUGGGGUCUACAUUCUCGACUCAAAGAUUGAAACUGGUGAUGACUGCGUCUCCCUGGGUGAUGGUAGCAACAAUGUGAAAGUCCAGGGAGUAACUUGUGGACCAGGUCAUGGCAUCAGUAUAGGAAGUCUCGGAAAAUACAAAAACGAAGAACCGAUAUCAGGAGUUUUUGUCACGCAAUGCACCUUGGCUAAUACUAUGAAUGGUGUGAGGAUCAAAACUUGGCCGGCCUCUCAACCUGGCUCAGCAACGGAUAUACAUUUCGAGGAUAUUACCAUGGAUAACGUCGGAAAUCCCAUCCUGGUUGAUCAAGAAUAUUGCCCAUGGAACCAAUGCGAUCUAUCGGUUCCAUCGCGUGUUCAACUCAGCAAACUUAGCUUCAAGAAUAUUCGAGGCACUUCUAAAACUCAGAUAGCCGUGAAGCUUAUUUGCAGCAGCGGUUUGCCAUGUGAUGAAGUGGAGUUGGCCGACAUCGACCUUACUUACAAUGGACCCGAAGGACCUGCGAUAUCUCAAUGUUCAAACGUGCAUCCCGCACUUUCCGGCGUGCAGAACCCAGCUGCAUGUUCAAGCCAACCUACCGGAGAAGCUGCUCCUUAAUCAGUUAGCCCAAAACCAGGAAUCUAGAUAUUUAAUAAUUUUGGAAGCAUUUUAUAGGGUUUGUAAA